UAGACGUAAGAAAGUGAGACAGAGGGAAAGAAACAGAGAGCACUUUGGCACAAGCUUCUACCUAUUUACCAAUCUCCCGUGUGUCCAUGUAGAAACCUUUACAGCAGGUUGAGCCUCCUUGCACCUUGAAAAAUGACCCGAUCUUUAAGGCAGUGGUUUAGGGACUACCUGGCUGAACGCCGAUUUCGCCGAAGCCGACUGGUGACCAAAAAUGGCCACUGCAACGUUGAAUAUGGCAACAUGAGAUAUGGGAACAUCUUUGCCUACAUGCAAGAUACCUGGUCCACAUUUGUGGAAGUUGGCUGGUUUUCCUUCAUGUUGUUCUAUGUGGCCUCCUUCAUUUUCAGCUGGUUCAUCUUCACCCUUAUCUGGUACUGGGUUGCCCGUGACAAUGGUGACUUGUGGUGGCAGACCCAGCCAGAAAAUCACACUGCAUGUAUACUAAAUAUGAAUGACUUGGUAACUGCAUAUCUCUACUCAGUGGAGACACAGCUGACUAUUGGGUUCGGCUAUCGAGUUAUUACCGCCCAGUGUCCCAGUGCCAUCACUGUCAUUAUGGUUCAAGUUCUUAUUGGUGCAGUUAUUUCUUGCUUCUGGUGUGGCGUGCUUGUUCACAAAAUCUCCAUGCCCAGGCAAAGAGCAAAAACUGUCACUUUUAGUGAGAACGCCGUCAUUUCUGCAAAACAGAAUGCGCUCUGUUUACAGAUCCGUGUAGCCAACCUUCGCAAGAGCCUGCUGGUUGGGAGUCAGCUCUAUGGCAAGCUAAUCAGGACAAGAGUCACGCCUGAAGGCAAGACGAUCAUCAUGGAGCAAGUCAAUGUUGACUUUAUGGUGGAUGCUGGGAAGGACAAUCUGUUCUUUGUCUGCCCCUUGACCUUUUAUCAUGUUAUUAACAGGUCAAGUCCAUUUUUCCAAAUGGCAGUUGACAUUUUGCCCCGGCAGGACUUUGAGCUGGUGGUGUUUCUUGAUGGUACAGCUGAGUCUACCAACUUCUCUCAGCACGUCAGGACUUCCUACAUCCCGCAGGAGAUCAUAUGGGGCCAUAAAUUUCUUCCCAUCAUCUCCCGCAGCAAACAGGGCAAAUAUCAAGUGGACUUCUCAAACUUCUCCAGAAUAGAGCCAGUGCCGACAGCACAUUGUGCAUACUGUUAUCAUGAUGUUAAUUGCCACCAUCAUCACUCUGCAGAUGGUGUUGAUAACAGGGGUUUUGAGGCGAUUGAAAUGGAGCAGUCUAGAUCUACCAAAAUGUAAAGCAUGGGACCUUGGUGACAACAAUAUGCAGUGCAAAAGCCUUUGAAGAACCUGUUCUUAUGAAACUCUAAAGCACAAAGAUGAAAAGUAUCUCUCAAAAGUUUGUCUUUUUCAAAUAGUUUGAAUAAAAAGUAUUGAAAACAAUAAAUAACUAUACUUGUCAUGUUUACACUGUCGUGUAGCUUGUUGAAAAGAAAAUAUCGCAGGAACAAAACAUCAUAUCUGUAAAAUGUUUUUUCCCAAGCAACUUUGGACCAUUACUAUUAUUCUGGAUCUCACUUUAUUUGGAUAGUCCUCUAUAGCCCAUAUAGACUAUCUACAGAUGUUCAAAUUGUUAACAAACUAUUUGUUGACACUAAACAGUGGUGGGGUUAGGGUCAGUAUUUGGAGCAGGAUUAGAGCUAGGACCAGUGUGAGGGCUGGGUUUACGUUUUGGAUUGAAAUUAAGUUUAGGGUCAGGAUUAGAGCAUGUUUAGAGUUAAAGAGAAUCAUGGGCAAUUUAGUAGAUAUUUAGUUUAAUGUAACCUGAAAGUAAAUUAAGUAGACUAUCCAAAUAAAGUGUUACCUUGUUCUGUUCAUCAAUUUUAAUGCACUAAAACAAAAAACAACAAAUCUAGAGAUGCAAAGUUUUUACACCAAAGUGACGACAUGUAAAAAAGAAUGUAUGUAAAGUAUGUGGAUGAACUGUGUAAAGUGUAUAACAUUUAUUUGUGUUAAAUGUAUAAAUGUUUUAAUAUGCCAUUCAAUGAAUGCAUGCAAAAACAACAUUGUUAGUAUUUUCACAUGCACUCAAUAAAGCAAAAGUUUAAUGCAUAAAUAAG